AUGAAGUACAGUCUUGUAAUCUUUGUUCAAGUAUUGCUAAGCUUGUACGUCUUCCCAGCUCAUGCUCAAGAAUUUUUUUCUGAUUCCGCAAAUGAGAUGAAGAAGCGCUCAAGAGGAAAUGAAGGAAGUAAUCAAUCAGCUUCAAAUAGUGCUAGACCUACUAGAGGUUCAUCUUCAGCAGCCAGUAGUACAUCAAGUGGUACAUCGAGAAGUACAUCAAGUGGUACAUCGAGUAGCACAUCAAGCGGUGCGACGAGUACUUCGGCCAGCUCCACGACCAGUAGUUCAGCGAGCGGUUCAACCAGUAAUGCAGGCGGAUCUACAAGCACUUCAUCCUCAGAUGUACAUCCAAUUCAAUCUACAAAUCAGCGUAGCCAGCUUCGUACAGCCAGAUUUCCAACAUCCAGGGCCCAGGCCGGAAAUGCUGGCAGCCAACGUCGCCGACCGGCUGGUAUUGUGAUUCGAGAACCGUCUACCACUUCACGGCUAAAUACAAGACCACAUCGAUCGCGAGACGAAGAAUAUCGAUUGAGAGUACGUGAAAAGGCUAAUUUUGCGAGGAAAGCGCAUCAUGCACAACAUUUGAGAAGUAGUAGAUUCACUCAUCCAGAUCGAUACACGCAACACAUCUCGAAUAGAAGACGUACGCAAGAUCAAAUUACAGCUCAUAUUCGAGCACGGCAAUCUUCGCAGUCUCAAAGUGCUGCCACUCGUUAUUCAAGUCGAAUUGCUCGUCAUCGCGAGCGGAUUUUGACAGCAGAUACACCUUCUACAUCUACUCAACCGCCUUCAAGACAACGGUCUUCUAGAGCUAGGCUAUUUCACAGCGGGUCACAAGAUCAAGUUGUACCCGAUUUUCAUACGCGACAAAGCACGAAUCAGCUUUCAGGUCGUCGUCGUGGCCGUGAAUUGAUUUCCACGCCAGCUGUAAGAGUUCCAGAUGCAGAACGGUUACAUCCACAAGCAAGUCCCCAUAUGACUCCAUCCAUACCCACAAUCCGCGAACAAAGUCGUAGAGAAUCAAGAACUAGUCGUCUAGCUACUGCCUCCUCACAACAACCAGAAACAAGUUCUUUGCGACGUUCAAGAGAAGAUUUAAUUAUCGUUCAACAUCCGUCACAUCCAGGCAGACCAAUCUUUGGUGUGGCUUAUGAAGCUCCAUUCGAAGAGGACCGUAAAGGCAAAAAGAGAAAGACGGAUUAA